AUGCCUACGUUUGAUGUGAGCGAGCUCAACACCAUCAUCGCCAUAUUUGGCGCAUUCACCGUCCUUUACGGAAUCAUCUCCGUCAAGAUCAAGGAUGCUUGGUUUCUCGGAGAAGCAUUGCCUGCGGUGCUUCUCGGUAUCGGUGUCAUGCGGGUCAUGAUCGGCAUCCAGCUCGUGAUGGCCGGCUACCAACUCCCCGCCAAGUACCAGCAAACGCGGUGGAAGGACAUGAUUGUGCUCAUGCUGCCCGUCAUGACCGUCAUGUGGCUCGCCACCACCGUGUGCGUCCUCGUCACCAUCCCCAAGCUCAGCCUCCUCGCCGCCAUGGUCAUCGCCUCGUGCGUCACCUCCACCGACCCCGUCCUCUCCCAAGCUGUGGCCAAGGGCCCCUUUUCCGACAACGUUCCUAGCAGCCCUGUGAACGUGGGCGUGCUGUUUCGCCGCGCUGGCGAGGUGGGCAGACAAGGUGGUGGCGUGGGCGUCGCCAUCGGCAACUGGUUCCUCGAGACGUGGCUGUACUUCAUCAUCUUGAGUAUUAUUUACGGUGCGGCCAUUGGUUGGGGUGCCCGCAUCGCUCUCAAGUUUUCUAUGAAGAGGAAAUGGAUCGACUCUGAGAGCUACGUACUCGCCCCGACUGCCCUUGGCCUCUUCCUCCUCGGUACAAGCGGCUGCCUCGGCAUCGACGAUCUCCUCGCCUGCUUCGUCGCCGGCAGCGCCCUCAACUGGGACGGCGAAUACCUCGCCGAGCUCAUCCGCCGCCACGACGAAGUCAACGCCAGCCGUCUUCCCUGGCGCGAGUUCCAAUCCGACGUCACGGGCAUCACCUACGGCCGCCUCGUCGGCCUCGGCGUCCUCGUCCUCCUGUUCCGCCGCAUCCCCGCCGUGCUCAUGACGUACAGGCUCAUGCCCAACACCAUCGCCAACUGGAGGGAGGCCCUGUUCAUGGGCUACUUUGGCCCCAUUGGCGUCGGCGCCGCUUUUUACGUCGAGCACGCCCGCCACCUGUUCCCCAAGCUCGAGGAGGCCACCAACGACGAGGAGGUCACCAACUUGCUCCGCGCCAUGGGCCCCGUCGUGUACUGGCUGGCUCUCUUCUCCAUCGUCAUCCACGGCAUCUCCAUCCCGAUCCUCAACGCCAUUUACGAGUAUAACGGAGUCAAGCCGAUCAAGGACGACGCGGUGCAGAUGCGUCGCAAGUCUCGCCUCAUCAGCCUUCCCGUCAAUGCCGAAGCCGCCAACAGGGAUACCAUCAUUGCCUACAACCGGUUCUCGCGCCCCGUCUUCGACAUUCAGGACUUGCCCUUCGUUGAGUCCAAUAUCGAACCUCCCAUGGGAGGCAAGCGCAAUACAACUAUUAGGUUCGAGAAAGGUGAUGACCUGGAAGGGGGCAAGUUUUAG